GACCUAAAUACCCAUCGUUCUCAGCGUUAGCCCUUAUUUCUGUAAUUCCUCACAAUCGCAAACCCCCAAUUCCCUUUUGCCCCUCAAUUUCUUCAGCCUCCUUCCUUCCCUUCCUUGCCCUUCUACUCUUUUCCGAUUUUCCCAUUUCUCUCCUUCUCUCUCUCUCUCUCUCUCUCUUCAUCACCCAACACCCCUCUUUUACCCGCCAUAUUCAAAAUUUUCCUGACCCUUUUGCUUGGAACCCGUUAAACUCCACCUUUUCGUUUGUUUUUGAUCAAUUUCCGGUGAAUUAUGAGAUGGGUUUUGUGUUUCCUGGUGUUUUGAUUGGAAAAGGUGAAAUCUUGGAGUUUUAGGGCUGUUCGACAAGUAUCGAUCGUGAUUUGAAAGGAGUUUCGUGUUUUGACUUCGGGUGCCUCUCUUAAUUUAUGGUCUUAGUGAAGUCACUUGAAGCAAAAAAGUAGGUUUGGGUAUUUGUUAGUCGUUAGCUGAUUCGUUGUCCUCAGGGUUGGUACUUCAUCAAGUGUGAGAAGAGUUUGAUCUUUCGUUCGUACAGUUGCAAAGUUUGGUGUCUACAUAUGUCUCAGUGUGAUAGAACAGUCUAUUGAUUGAAAGAGCUACUUCUGCAAAGACGAAUGGCAAACCAUGAGUUGAUCCUUGGCCAAAAUAACGACUUAGCUGUUGAUGGCGAGAACCAGGAAAUAGUGUUUGACCACACUCAUCCGAUGGACAUAAGCCAGAACCAUAACCACGAACUGGAACUAGCGCAGAACCAUAAUCAUGAACUAGAACUAGCACAGAACCAUAACCAUGAACUGGAACUAGCGCAGAACCAUAACCACGAACUGGAACUAGCGCAGAACCAUAACCACGAACUGGAACUAGCGCAGAACCAUAACCACGAACUGGAACUAGCGCAGAACCAUAACCACGAACUGGAACUAGCGCAGAACCAUAACCACGAACUGGAACUAGCGCAGAACCAUAACCACGAACUGGAACUAGCGCAGAACCAUAACCACGAACUGGAACUAGCGCAGAACCAUAACCACGAACUGGAACUAGCGCAGAACCAUAACCACGAACUGGAACUAGCGCAGAACCAUAACCACGAACUGGAACUAGCGCAGAACCAUAACCACGAACUGGAACUAGCGCAGAACCAUAACCACGAACUGGAACUAGCGCAGAACCAUAACCACGAACUGGAACUAGCGCAGAACCAUAACCACGAACUGGAACUAGCGCAGAACCAUAACCACGAACUGGAACUAGCGCAGAACCAUAACCAUGAGCAUGAGAUGGGUAUAGGGCAGAGCCAAGAUCAUGAGGGGAAUCAUGAGCAUGAGUAUGAACACGAGAAUGGUUUACCUAUGGAGCAGAAGCCCGAGCAUGAAAACCAGGAGUUGCCUAAUGAAAACAAUGAGUUAGAUAUCUCUGAACACGAUGAGUUAGGGAUCGAGGAAAACCAAGAACUUGAUGAUAACCUGGAAUUAGCUGUUGUUGAGAGUCAUGAUAUGGGUGUUGAACCUGCACAUGAAUAUGAACUCCAUGAUGGCCAGAUGGUUCUUGCUUCGUCAUCUCAUGUACUUCAGGCUCGAACUAUGUCAACAACACCUGAUUUUGAGUUACAUGUGGGACAAGAAUUCCCUGAUGUCAAAAGCUGCCGAAGGGCCUUACGUGACACAGCCAUUGCUCUUCACUUCGAGAUUCAGACCAUAAAAUCUGAUAAAACUCGUUUUACUGCUAAAUGUGCCAGUGACGAGUGCCCUUGGCGCAUUCAUGCUGCAAAACUUCCUGGUGUACCCACGUUCACUAUAAGAACAAUUCAUGACAGCCAUACAUGUGGAGGAAUCGCACAUCUAGGCCAUCAGCAAGCUUCAGUUCAGUGGGUGGCCAACUCUGUGGAGCAACGGCUUAGGGAAAACCCAAAUUGUAAGCCAAAAGAGAUCCUUGAAGAAAUUCACCGGGUUCAUGGAAUCACCCUUUCGUACAAGCAAGCUUGGCGUGGAAAGGAACGAAUUAUGGCUGCUAUGCGCGGUUCCUUUGAAGAAGGUUAUCGCCUUCUUCCUCAGUACUGUGAACAAGUUAAAAGGACCAAUCCAGGGAGUAUAGCAUCAGUUUAUGCAAGCCCUGCUGAUAAUUGCUUUCAGCGGCUUUUUAUAUCAUUUCAAGCUUCUAUUUUUGGUUUUCUAAAUGCUUGUCGCCCUCUUCUUGGGCUUGACCGGACCUUCUUGAAAAGUAAAUACCUUGGUACUUUGCUUUUAGCUACUGGUUUUGAUGGGGAUGGCGGUCUAUUUCCUCUGGCAUUUGGUGUUGUUGAUGAGGAGAAUGAUGAUAACUGGAUGUGGUUUCUCUCUGAACUUCAUACCUUGCUAGAGGUCAAUACAGAAAACAUGCCAAGACUUACCAUCUUGUCUGACAGGCAGAAGGGCAUUGUAGAUGGUGUUGAAGCAAAUUUUCCCACUGCCUUCCAUGGUUUUUGCAUGCGUCAUUUGAGUGAAAGCUUCCGUAAGGAGUUCAAUAAUACAAUGCUUGUUAACCUGUUGUGGGAAGCCGCACAUGCUCUUACAAUCAUUGAAUUCGAGGCAAAAAUUCUCGAGAUUGAGGAAAUAUCACAAGAUGCUGCAUAUUGGAUUCGGCGGAUUCCUCCACGAUUGUGGGCCACAGCUUAUUUUGAGGGAACAAGGUUUGGGCAUUUGACUGCUAACAUAGUGGAACAAUUGAAUAAUUGGAUUCUAGAGGCCUCUGGACUUCCAAUAAUUCAGAUGAUGGAAUGCAUCAGGAGGCAGCUUAUGACUUGGUUCAAUGAACGACGAGAAACCAGUAUGCAGUGGACAUCAAUCCUGGUGCCUACAGCGGAGAUGCGAGUUGCAGAUGCUCUUGAGCGUGCCCGGACUUAUCAGGUUCUUCGUGCUAAUGAAGCUGAGUUUGAGGUGAUAUCUCAUGAGGGUACCAAUAUUGUUGAUAUUCGGAACCGUCGCUGCCUUUGUCAGGGCUGGCAACUGUAUGGUUUACCCUGUGCACAUGCUGUGGCAGCACUACUUUCUUGCCGGCAAAAUGUCCACCGGUUUACUGAGAGUUGCUUUACUGUUGCGACGUACAGGAAGACAUAUUCCCAAACUAUUCAUCCUAUUCCAGAUAAAUCAUUAUGGAGGGAGAUGACAGAGGGAGAUCCGGAUGCUGCCCAAGCUGUUGAGGUUAUUAUAAACCCACCUAAGUCACUCCGGCCUCCUGGCAGGCCAAGGAAGAAGCGAGUUAGAGCAGAAGACCGUGGUAGGGUGAAGCGAGUUGUUCAUUGCAGCCGCUGCAAUCAGACUGGCCACUUCAGGACUACAUGUGCAGCUCCAAUUUGAGUUCUCUCUGCAGACUCUUCACUGGUUGUGGAAGAAGUCUGUGAUAUACCUUUUUCCUGUGCAGAAUCUCUCUUAUAUUCUGAUGAAGGACAUUUCUAGUUAGUUUCUCAGUCUAUAGUGAUAACUUUUUAUCAACUAGUCUAGUAAGCUUAUGCCUGUUUUUGGAUUUGUUUUAAUAACACAUUGCAACAGAGGAUAGAUUUGGUGAUUAUAACCAUAUGAUAUGAUGAAAGUUGGAUUUCUUAA